AUGAGUGACCCGCGGGAGCCCUCUUACUCCAUCGUGCCGAGAAUUCGGUACAACACCGUCGGCGGUGUCAACGGACCCCUCGUCAUCCUCGAGAAUGUCAAAUUCCCCAGAUACAACGAGAUUGUCUCCCUGACCCUGCCCGAUGGAACCAACAGACAGGGACAGGUCCUCGAGGCUCGAGGUGACCGAGCCGUCGUCCAGGUCUUUGAGGGAACAUCAGGCAUCGAUGUUAAGAAGACCAAAGUCGAGUUCACCGGCCAGAGCUUGAAGCUUGGUGUGUCGGAGGACAUGCUGGGCCGUAUCUUUGACGGUUCCGGACGAGCUAUCGACAAGGGCCCCAAGGUCCUUGCCGAGGACUACCUCGACAUCAACGGCAGUCCCAUUAACCCCUUCUCCCGUGAAUACCCCGAGGAGAUGAUCUCGACCGGUAUCUCUGCCAUCGACACCAUGAACUCCAUCGCUCGUGGACAAAAGAUCCCUAUUUUCUCUUCGUCUGGUCUGCCGCACAACGAAAUUGCCGCCCAGAUUUGCAGACAGGCCAGUUUGGUCCAGAAGCAGGGCAUCACCAACAAGGGUGUCCACGACGGCCACGAGGAGAACUUCUCCAUUGUCUUCGGUGCCAUGGGUGUCAACUUGGAAACCGCCAGAUUCUUCACCCGCGAUUUCGAGGAGAACGGCUCUUUGGAGCGUGUCACCCUCUUCCUCAACCUCGCCAACGAUCCUACUAUCGAGCGUAUCAUCACUCCUCGUCUCGCGCUUACGACCGCCGAAUACUACGCCUACCAGCUCGAGAAGCACGUUCUCGUUAUUCUUACCGAUCUGUCUGCUUACUGCGACGCUCUUCGUGAGGUCUCAGCCGCCCGUGAAGAAGUCCCGGGUCGUCGUGGUUACCCCGGGUACAUGUACACUGAUUUGUCCACCAUUUACGAGCGCGCCGGUCGUGUGGCGGGUCGCAACGGUUCCAUCACCCAGGUGCCCAUUUUGACCAUGCCCAACGAGGAUAUCACUCACCCCAUUCCCGAUUUGACGGGUUACAUUACGGAGGGCCAGAUCUUCGUCGACAGAGGCCUUUACAACCGUGGUAUCUAUCCGCCCAUCAACGUUCUGCCGUCUCUGUCUCGUCUCAUGAAGUCUGCCAUUGGUGAGGGCAUGACCCGCAAGGACCACGGCGAUGUUUCCAACCAGCUCUACGCCAAGUACGCCAUUGGUCGUGACGCCGCUGCCAUGAAGGCUGUCGUCGGUGAGGAGGCUCUGUCAGCCGAGGACAAGCUUUCUCUGGAAUUCCUCGAGAAGUUUGAGCGCCAGUUCAUCAACCAGGGCCAGUACGAGGCUCGCACCAUUUACGAGUCUCUCGACCUCGCAUGGAGCUUGCUCCGUCUCUACCCCAAGGACCUGCUCAACCGUAUUCCCGGCAAGAUUCUGAACGAGUUCUACCAGCGUGCGGCCAAGGAGGCCAAGGACAAGGGCAAGCAGAGACAGCAGGUGCAGCAAAACGAGGAGAACCUGAUUGACGCAUAA